AUGGAAAAGGGGAACCAAACUUCUGUAGUCGAAUUUGUCUUUCUGGGCCUCUCACAGGAUCAGAACACACAAGUUGUACUCUUUUUCAUGUUUCUGGUCAUCUACGUGCUUACUAUACUGGGAAACCUACUGAUGGUCAUGCUCAUCCACACAGACUCCAGACUCCACACACCCAUGUACUUUUUCCUAAGUAACCUGUCCUUUGCUGAUCUCUGUUUAUCUACUACCACAGUGCCCCAAGCUCUUGUGCACUUUCUGAUGAAGAGGAAAACCAUUUCCUUUGCUGGAUGCUCAACACAGAUAUUUAUUUUUCUACUGAUUGGGGGUACAGAGUGUGCAAUUCUGGCAGUGAUGUCCUACGACAGAUAUGUGGCUGUGUGCAAGCCACUGCACUACUCCACUAUCAUAACGCAUGGAGUUUGUGUCCAGCUGGCUGUUGGAUCCUGGGCCAGUGGAGCCAUUGUGUCUGUAGUCGACACCACAUUCACACUGAAUCUUCCCUACAAAGGAAACAACAUCAUUAAUCAUUUUUUCUGUGAGCCUCCUACUCUUUUGAAGUUGGCUUCAGCAGACACUUACACAACAGAGAUGGCCAUCUUUGCCGUGGGUGUGGUAAUCCUCCUGGCUCCUGUCUCCCUCAUCCUGAUCUCCUACUGGAAUAUCAUCUCCACUGUGGUCCAGAUGCAGUCUGGAGAGGGAAGGCUCAAGGUCUUCUCUACAUGUGGUUCCCAUCUCAUUGUUGUUAUUCUCUUCUAUGGCUCAGCAAUAUUUGACUACAUGAGGCCAAAUUCCAAGAUAAUGAAUGAAAGGGAUAAAAUGAUCUCUGUUUUCUACUCAACAGUGACACCUCUACUGAACCCCAUCAUUUACAGCCUGAGAAAUAAAGAUGUUAAACAGGCACUCAGGAAAAUAACUGCAAAAUAG